GUUCUAUGCUGCUGAGAUCUGCAUUGCCCUGAACUUCCUGCAUGAGAAGGGGAUCAUCUACAGGGACCUGAAGCUGGACAACGUCCUCCUGGACCAUGACGGCCACAUCAAGCUCACCGACUACGGCAUGUGCAAGGAGGGGAUCCGACCUGGAGACACCACCAGCACCUUCUGUGGAACGCCCAACUACAUCGCCCCCGAGAUUCUGAGGGGAGAGGACUACGGCUUUAGUGUAGACUGGUGGGCUCUGGGUGUGUUGAUGUUUGAGAUGAUGGCUGGCAGAUCUCCGUUCGACAUCAUCACCGACAAUCCAGACAUGAACACGGAGGAGUACCUCUUCCAAGUUAUUCUGGAGAAGCCUAUUCGCAUCCCAAGGUCCUUGUCGGUGAAGGCUGCAAGUGUGCUGAAGGGCUUUUUAAAUAAGGACCCGAAGGAGCGGCUGGGUUGCCAGGUUCAGACGGGAUUCACCGACAUCAAGUCUCACACGUUUUUCCGCACCAUAGACUGGGAGCAGGUGAGUCUCAGAGCCUCGGAGCCUCGGAACGCAGUCAUGGUUUAUGGAUGA